AUGAUAAAACCUAUCGCUGCUAGUGGUAUUGGUGAAUCUGAGCUCCAGUUGAUACUCAGGGUCAUUCAAGAGGCAGUUUCACUAUCUGAGUGGGAAGAAUAUGACGACCGAUUUGCAAAUAUCAAUAUUGAAUUUGAAUACGAUAAUGAUUCAUCGUCAGUCUCACUUCAUCCUGCCCCUGAUGCAGUGGUGGGGACAACUGGAAGAGCACUAAUUCUAUCAAUUGGCGACAAGCUAAAUGGUGAAGGAAUGGAUGAAGUAAUUCAAUAUGUUGUCGCCCAAGCAAUCGAUCAGCAGUUGUAUAGUGAAGAACAAAUAUUGCUGAAGCAGCCAAUCCUUGUCUCCAUUCAGCAAGCCGAAGACCUCCUCACGAAUGAUACUGACCUGCAGGAACUACUUGACGGCCUUGUACACGAUCAAUUUUUCAUGUACGAAAUGAUCACUCCAUUGCCAAUUUCUGCCGAAGCGGCACGCCUACCAGAAUCUGCAUUGACACCCACCAUUCAAGUGGAGCUCGAUGGUGAUUUUGUGACGGACGUAUGGUCGCAAGAACAGGUUUGGGAUACUAGUUCAGUUUUGAUAUUUGACAAUUUAGUCAGUGAUGACUUGAGGAAAGGUCUCCUCGACGUCACUUUAGGCACCACAAGUAGUGAAGAGACUUGGGACGAUGUCGGAAAUGGACCAAAUCCAGAACGAUGGGUACGAGGUGGCCUCAUUGACAUUCCAGAUGAAGAAGAAGAAGAUGAAGCAGCACCGAUACCGAGUACGUCUUGGGGAUUAUCCGACGAGGCUAUUGAGGACAUUUGCUUUCAUCAUCACGAUGCGAUUCAAGAGUUUGAAUGCAUCUUGUCGCAACUAUUCCCACAAUUCAUUGUGACGAGAUUGCCAGAAGCUGUCUUUGGUGAAACAGUCUCGCCACUUACAGCGAACGCUCCAACUUUCAAGGACGAGUUUUCGAUUCAUAUUGAUGGAGAUCCAAACCAGACACCACCAUCUCCUUGGACUGACGUGUAUGGUCGCUACCCAAAUCGCAUCCGAGGGAAACCACGUUUCAUGAGCUGUCUAUUGUACCUGAACGAUGAAUGGGAAGAAGAGUGGGGAGCCCAAACUCGAUUUUUGGAUUUACCAACCGACACGCUCUAUGGUGUCACCCCCAAGCCAGGUCGAUGCGUAGUAAUGGAUCAAGACUGCAGCCACACGGUAGUUGCGCCAAAUGAAAGUGCAGGCAAUAGACCACGGUACUCCUUGGUAUGGAAGCUGAUACUCCAUCCUCGAGAAAACCUUCAAGAUAUGACUGAUCUAGCUGUGGGUAGAACUUGGCCUGAGCCAACGCUGUUUGGAAGUGCCAAAAGACAAGAAGCAAAUGCGAUCAUAGAGUAA